GGGGGAAGAAAUGGAUGGGAGAGAGGAAAAGGAAAAGGUGAUGGAAGGUAGGGAGGGACGGGAGCAUUGAAAAUGCUCACCGACUUGGAGGGAUUUGCUUAUGACAGGAGAUUGGAAAGAGCUGCAGAUGGCAAAAGUGCAAUCCGGGGUCUCACAGUGCAAACACAGAAUAUGUUUCCACUAGUUUAGUGCCGGAAUUUUGAUGCUAACACAGUUCCCAGUGGGCUUCAGUAUUGCUCAGUUAUGUAUAACACUUGCAGCAGACUUGAAUAAGCAGCUCGGAGAUACAAACUGUAAUAUCUACUCUCUCUGCCUCCGCUUGUUUUUCAACUGUCUACGAGGAUGGAAAUGCAGAAAUCUGCCGGAGUGAGCGGACAUUCUCACCCAGAGGAAGGUCUCAUGGCUGUUUUAGUAUUCUAGGUAAUGGCCCUAUCCUUUCCAAGCCAGGAAAUUUGGAUGAGGGCUAUAUUGCACGGAGCGAGGAAUUUUAAUGUCGUCACAGAGGUGACUCUCCCCUGAGUUAUGACAAAAAUAUUGAUCACGCUUCAGCGUCUAGCAGGAGGAGGGGGAACGGCAAGGGCAACGAAGAGAGGAAUAUUGAAUAGGGUAAUGGUAAAAGGCAGCCAAACGUAUGAGGGCACUCAAGACGGAGCGAAAGGGAGACUGAUGGAGGGGUAAGAGGGGGGAGAGGAGCAGACAAAUGAAAAGCAACAAGGGCGUUUGCACCGGUUUCACAGCCAAUAGUAGCCGUUUAAAUCUAUCCGUUAUUAAGAGCUGAAAAAGUAAUGAUCAAGCUGAUAAUUAGAGUGCUGUCAAAUGAGCCGUGCUGUCAAAAUGAAUGAAUUCCAUUUCUCCUCAGCCGCACGAUUUGCUAUAAAUACCUCCGAUCAUUAUUGUUUCGUCUUGAUCUAAAGAUAGCAAAAACUUGGAAUCUCGUUAGCUUCAGGCAAAGCUAAUCUGGGACGUGUAAGAAGAAGACUUGAUGGCUACAUUACUCUGUCUUCUUCUGCAGUCCACUGGUCCAUGGCUAAUAAGGUUAUAAGGAGGGAAAUACUGCUUUAUAAAAGGCCAUUCAGUUCUCCUGUGGAAUCCCAUCACACCUCUAAUUACCAGCUUGAGGAAAAAAGGUUUAAACCCACCGCAUCAGUCUAAAAGGCCUGAUGGAGAGGUUGACGUGUAAUUGUUUACUGUGGUAACACAAUCACGAAGCCGGCGAGCUGCUGUUUUCAGGCUUUACAUGGCAGAUGUGUGUAAUCGUUGGCGGAUGGAAGCAGCCUGAGAGUACACAGAACAGAAAAAAACACUUAGGGAAAAUCCAUGUACUCAUUUAUCCCAAAAAUACCUUUGUUAUAAAGCAAGAGUCUUUUUUUUUGUCUGUUUUGUUUUCGCACCUCCCCUACAAAGCCAGGAGAAUUGAUUCUGCACAGCGCUAGUAAUUAGCUCGCGUUAUGAGAUCCCUGCUGCAAGCAAAGCAACGCUCAAAAACCAAAGCUGCUGUGGUUUCAAUGCCAGGAUCAGGUGCUCAGAUGUUCGACAGGCUGCCUGGCCGCGGGGCUAAGCUCGGGCUUAGCCCUGACACAGAGAGAUUGUUGUGCGCAGAGGAGGAAGGAAAAAUUGCCUUUCAUGGAUUCAGGGAGAUUAUAGAGUUUAAGUCACCUGUCUACAACAGUUCAUGGUCACAACGAAUACUUUCCAUCUAUCUUAGGAGCCAUUUCCUUUUUUUGGGGGGGCUGACAAUGACAGAUUACAACAUCGCUCCCAGACUUCUACUUGGCGUCGUCACCAUCCCUCACGAUGGCAGUUGUCAAGUACAGCAAAGCAGGCUGGGCCCAGUUUACUCAGUUCAGCGCAGUUUGGAGGCAAAAUAGGACAUCAAUCAACGAACCGGUGCUAUUUUUCUGCAUGUACUGCGAGGACUUUUUUUUUUUUGAGUAAUUGGAAGAGAAUGAAGCUGUUUGUUUUAAUGACAAACAUAAAUGUUGCGUGGUGACAUUUCUCGCUAAUUGAAGAGAAAUAAAUUCGCUGUCAAAAGCGCAGAUGUAAUCAGGAUUUGCUUGAGAACCAUGUUUAAAGGUCAGAUUGAGCGGCACACUGGUUGACCUUUACAUGAGGGUAUUUAUGGUAUAGAUGCUGAUGUUUUUAGUCUUUAAUGCUGCAUGAGUAUGAAGUCCUUGUACGUGAUCGUAGUGAAUGACUGGUGGGUUUGUGUUGUGUUGGUUGGUGGAGUAUCUGCUGAUCUAAGGACAGUAAAACUUUUGUCUUUGCUUCUUGUACUUGCUUAAACUUUUCUAGACGAAUCCAAUAAGCCACUGAUCUUCAGUGACACGUCAGGCAAAGUCUUUUGUUAAAGAGUAACUUUCCUGGAGUGAACAAGGGAAAAGGCCUUGUCACUGUGGAACAAUGAAUCGUUCAGCCUUAACUUCCACUUCCUUGACAUUAGCAAGUUGGCGUUUUUCCAUUAUAAAUCAGCCUCUCUGCCGACUGAAAGUUCUCUUUCUGUGCUAUAUUACUAGAAUGAUGCUGCCCAUUUGUAAGAGGUUGAAGAUUUACAUUUUUCUGAGGUGGAAGUUGAACCUUUUGUCAUUCAAAUGGGCUCCAUUUCAGCCAAAGGACUUCAAAUUAACAGCCAGUAGGAUUUCAUUCAGAUUUGGGAGAUCAUUAGCUGCUCUUUCAUGGUUGCAACUCUAAAGAAUCCAUUUUCUGUACUUUGUCAGGAGACUGGUUACUAGUUGGUGUGGAAUAUGCAACUCACCAUCAACCUGUUGCCCAAAACAACAGAAAAAAAAAAAUUCACUUGAAGGCCAAAUGUGGCAAAAAAAAAAAAAAAAAAAAUCACAAUGAAGCCAGUUUGACAUGUAGUCUUUGCACUUUCCCCCACCCUCCUCCUCUUCCUCCUCUUUCUCUCUGGCCUCUUGCAUCUCCUGUAGUGCAUUUUGCUAGUUUUACUUCAGCUCCUCUUGACAGAACUGCAUUGCAACCCUCCUCCUCUUCAUCUCAGUGCAUCGCCUCUCCUCUCCUGCCCGCUGCAGUAUGGCAGUAGAUUGUUUCUCUACAGACUCGUGCAUCCCUCCUUCCUGCUAUUGCCUUCACAGUAUGUUGCCCCCCUUCCUCCCUGCCCCUCCUAAGUCUCCCCCACUGCCACACACUCACCCCUCGCUGAGUGUUGGCAGCAGUGCGACACCUUAGAUAAUCGAGCCUUGCUGUCUUGUUCGCUCCUUGAUAGACAAAGCGGUUGUUUUCCUUAACGAGGACAAACAACGUAUAGUUGGUAACGUGUUGUUAGUAUAUGCUGUGUUUAAUUCUGAUCUUUUUUUUAUUAGACCCCAAAGGCUCCAAAAAUGAAGCUACUCACAAGAAAGGUCCGCCUGUAAACGUAACCUGCAACAUUUUUAUCAACAGUUUUGGGUCCAUCGCUGAAACAACAAUGGACUACAGAGUGAACAUCUUCUUGAGACAGCAGUGGAACGACCCUCGGCUGGCCUACAGCGAGUACCCCGACGACUCGCUGGACCUCGACCCCUCCAUGUUGGACUCCAUCUGGAAACCUGACUUGUUCUUCGCCAACGAGAAGGGGGCCAACUUCCACGAGGUCACCACCGACAACAAGCUGCUGCGCAUCUCUAAAAACGGCAAUGUGCUCUACAGCAUACGAAUAACACUGGUCCUGGCCUGUCCCAUGGAUCUGAAGAACUUCCCGAUGGACGUCCAGACGUGCAUCAUGCAGCUGGAGAGCUUCGGCUACACCAUGAACGACCUCAUAUUCGAGUGGGAUGAGAAGGGAGCCGUGCAGGUGGCUGACGGCCUGACGCUACCUCAGUUCAUCCUUAAAGAGGAGAAGGACCUGCGCUACUGCACCAAACACUACAACACAGGUAAAUUCACCUGUAUCGAGGCUCGUUUCCACCUGGAGCGUCAGAUGGGUUACUACCUGAUCCAGAUGUACAUCCCCUCGCUGCUCAUCGUCAUCCUGUCCUGGGUUUCCUUCUGGAUCAACAUGGACGCUGCGCCUGCCCGAGUGGGUCUGGGCAUCACCACCGUGCUGACUAUGACCACACAGAGCUCCGGUUCCAGAGCCUCCCUUCCCAAGGUGUCCUACGUAAAAGCCAUCGAUAUCUGGAUGGCCGUAUGCCUGCUGUUCGUGUUCUCGGCUCUGCUGGAGUACGCUGCCGUCAACUUCAUCGCCCGCCAACACAAGGAGCUGCUGCGUUUCAGACGGAGGCGACGACACAUGAAGCCUGAGUCUUGGCCUGUGUUGCAGGAGGAUGAGACGGGUGAGGGGCGUUUCAGCUUCCCCGGCUACGGCAUGGGCCCCACCUGCCUGCAGGCCAAGGACGGCAUGGCCAUCAAGGGCAACAACAACAACGCUCCGGCUUCGGCCGCGCCCGAGAAGAGCAUCGAGGAGAUGAAGAAGCUGUUCAUCAGUCGGGCCAAGCGCAUCGACACGGUGUCCCGCGUGGCCUUCCCGCUCGUCUUCCUCAUUUUUAACAUUUUCUACUGGAUCACGUACAAGAUCAUCCGGAGCGAGGACAUCCACAAGCAGUAGAGAUGGAGGAGGAGGAGGAGGAGGAGGAGGGUGAGAACGGUGUGAAGAGGAGAACGCAGAGAAAGAAAACAGAGAGAGAUGACUUCAAGGGGAGAUACCAUUGGCCCUUUUUGUCCACCACACCUCCUGCCCUCGUCUUCUUUCUUCACCCUCUUCCUCUUUCGGUCGAGGACAAGUCGCUUUCCGUGGCGGUCAACCUGAGCCCUACUAGAUAUUAUUUAAGAUAUUCAUCGCUUUGUUUUCCCUUUAUUCUUCUCUCCCGCCCCGAAUCCCGCGCCCUCUUCCCGCCUCUUCACACCUCCUGAAUAAUCCGGACCAGUGCAAUAGCAAUGCAGUAAAAUGCAUGAUAUAUGAAUGUGGCAAUAUAUUAAAGAAAAGAUGAUAAAUGAAAAAGUAAAACAGACUUUCUGCAGGCGCGCCUGACAAACUGUUGUGGGAGUGGAUGGACUGGAGCAACAGGAGACGACAAGAGAGUCUUGUAAAAGAUCUUGUGUUUGAUUUUAGUUUUUUGUGUGGAGACAGAUAUAUAAUUCUAUAUGAAAAAGUGAUGUGGGGACGGGGUGGGGGACAUGCAAGAGGCAUACAGCUGUGUAAUAUACUCAUAUAUCUAUCAUAAUUGGGGGGGGAUGUGAACUUUCCAAAGGUGGGCAUCUGGAAAUGAGGGAUUUUUUUCACCAAAAAAUAAGAAAGGAAGGAAGGAAGGUGGAUCGGUGCUUCCAUGAAAUAAAGCGAUGCAAGGAUCACGCAUUCUAUAUAUCUAGAUUUGCUUCAAAUGUGUAUUGCAAGCACUCGUCAAAGCUUUCCCUCCCUCCCGCUGCCGACACCACGAAACCUUGAACUGCAGAGACACCUGUUGCUGUCAAUCACUCAACUGGACAAAAAAAAGAAAACAAAAAAAAAUGAGUUAAAAAAAAAAACACAAAACAACAACAACACUGGACAAACAGUGCUGAAGAUCAUGAGACAAAAUAUCUCAUUUAUCUGUGCUCCUCUACCUGUCCUCGAUUUAUUUCAUGUGGCAUUUGUUGUUUUCUUGUUUCGAUCGACUUAUGUGCCAACCGAACACGUCGCUGGUGGCCGUGCGGCGCUCUGCAGCUCCGAGCUUUUUGUCCGGAGGAAUGGAGGGGGGCGGUUUGAUGUCAGUAAACGGCGUCUCCUCACGUGCUUCUUCUGCUUUUUUGUUUGUUUGUUUUUUUAUUUAUCAACUGGAGAAAGAGCCGGACAGAGUGAUACGCAGAUCCUCGUUUGUUGCUUUCCCCUUGUUGUGUUGGACUGAGACCGAAACAUCAACAUGUUUACAUCUUAUUGUGUUUCCUUGCUUUGGCCCCGCCUUAAUGUGACACCCAGCAGCCCACCCGUUCCCCAAAACAAAGCUCCAGCUGAGAGGACAAAUGUUGUAAAUGAUCAAAACACCUGCUGUACCUUAAUUAACUGUAUCUCCAUCUCACUCACUUGUCGUAGCUGUGAACUUCACGGAGCUUCAUCGCCGCCCGCAGAGCAGCAGGGUUCAUUUGGUCGUAUCCAUGUUGAUCAUUCGGUAGUUGACUCCUAAUUGAGCAGAUCUUAUGUUUUUUGUACGCCAGGCUUCUCUAUGCAACGAGCAGUAUAUGCAAUUAUGAGUUUUUCUUUGCUCCUCCAUCUCAAACAGGCCACUUUUUCAUGCUUAUCUGUAAGAGCAGAGAUGAUAAAUCUGUCCAGGCUUUUUGCCCACUGCAUGUAUGAGAAAAAAAAAAAAAAAAGAGUAUGUUAGUAGGAAUCUGCAGGACGCAGAUUGAGCCAAACUGAGCCAGACUGAAGGUGGAGAGGAAGAAAGCAACUCCAGCCGGACGAAAGUGUUUUUCUUUUUAUGGUUGUUUCAUGUUUUUCCUCCGUCAUCUCCUCAUCUGCUAACUCAGAAAAUCCCAAAGUGCUUCUUUAUUUCACAGUUGAUAGGAAUUUACAGAGAGGUUACAACGUGUAGCGAAGAAAAAAUAUACUUUAAGAUUUCUCGUGUUGUUGUUGUAGGUGCCCCUGUUCAUUCAAAAAGUUUACAGCAUCACAGAGUUCAAUAUUGUAGUUAAUUCUUCCUGAAAGAAAUUUGAAAAGAUUAGCAUCACAGAGCUAGAAUUGGGAGGUGACUAGCCUAGCUUAGUAUUACUGGCCAUGAAUAGUGUGAAUAUGUGUAUUUUAGUUUGAGCACUGACUAAACAAGGGGGAAAUAGUGUGAAAACUAGUGCUAAUGGUUGAGUUUUGGGUUGGAACGUGUCUUUAUGCUAAGCUAAGCUAAUGACCUUCUGAUUUUGGCUCUCUAACUCUCAGAAAGAACACAAGUUUCCCAAAUUAUGAUUAUAAUUUCUUUUAAUAUAGAGUGAUCGAUGAGCCAUCAUUUUAUUUUGAGCAAAAACAAAGAGGAGAAACAUGGUUCAGUGUAUGUUAAAUUCAAACCAUGAAAAAAAAACAUUUCACUUAAUAUUCCUAACUUGGUUUUGAAGCAAAAUCAAAGAUGUUUUUAUGUUUUUGUCAUGUUUGACGUGGUUGCCUUUUGCUGCUGAGGAUGUAUCAUCACAUUCACUUGUGUUCAGGAACCUGCCAGAUGCGGUUUUGGUUUUGUCAGAUUCAUUUUUGAAAUGUUAUAAUAUGUACGAAAUAUUUUUGCAUUGAAAAACUUGUGCAUUUUCCCUCCACAUCCUUGUAUUCCUCAACCCCUUCUACCUACAGGAUAUUUACUGGAAAAACACAUUUAGUCCUUGUGUGUUUUUGAAACACUGGGACUUUUUUUGUUUGGUUGAGAAGAUGAUCAUUCUUUGUGUGUGUCAACAUGUGCGUAUAUUGUUUUAUUCCAUCCAUCGUGAACUUAAAACUACCUUUCGUGACUUUACUUUGUUUCGGAGUGUGUAAGACUGAUCCGAAGGGCUAUGCCACACACACAUGUUCUUCUGUUCACAUUCCAGCAUGUUUGGACAAGUGGAAGUGCCAUAAAAAUACAAUUUUGCCCCAAAAACUAUGCAUUUCAUUCAGCGAAUCAUCCCCAAAUACAGCGACGUGAAACUUUUCAAGGCCAUGAUCACCUAGGAUGCUUUUUUUCCUGUCUUUUAAGGACGGCUGAAGUUUGCAGGUGGAAUUUAGAAUCUGAAACAAGGACAAAGCAAAAACUAGCAAAGUAAGAUGUUUCAUUUUUCAAGUGACUCUUCCCAGAACUCAACUCUUACACUUCAUUGUAGCAAAACAUGAGAGAAAUCAGCGCAGAAGGUAGCAAAAUGCUAUUUAGCUGAGCCAGAAAUCCCUUUGUUUUUACAGAAAGGUAUCACUAAAAUGAGCUUAGUAGUAGUAAUGUUGACUGUUUUGAUCACAUAAGUAGCAGCAAUGUAGCAAACUGUGAGUAAAUCGGGCAUCGUGCUUAGCUGGAAACAAGCAGACGUGAUGUUUAGCUUGCCUGACAGAAGCUGGAUUGGAUGGGAAUGUGCUGCCAGUGUAGCCGUGAGGCAAAUCUCUCUUUACUGGUCCAUCUGCAUCUGCAUGAUCUGCACGAGGCUCCUAAUCGGGUGUCCUCUCUGGAAAGAAGUCUGCUCAGGACUCGUUGUAGAGAUGAUAUCUUCCAGUUGGCCCCGGGGGUUUUCCCAGGAAACAAGCUGGAAGGAUGUCUGAGCAACUCUGCUGUCCCUCUUGCCACCAUAAUUAGACCAUGUGGUUUAAGAAGAUGAUUGGAUGAUGGUAAUUUUGCUUCCAUUUGGCAUUUCUUUGUUGAAUCAAACUACACUCUUUCUUUGAUACAACUCCUCCUGAUCUUCAGUUGUCCCAAAAACCAGCUCAGAGGUUAUGCUUUAAUACUUUCAGUCUAAAUUCUUUCCAUGCUUUGCUAAAGAUCAGGCCUUUCUAUUUACUGUAUAUAACAUAUCAACCCCACAUUGAAGCUUCUUAUACAGUCUUAGUUCAAAAAAAUGUACCUCUUAGGGUUGAGAGCAUCGUGAAACCCAACCUUUUAGUACCAAAGGGCAGCUUGUGAAGCAGUCUCUGUCAAUUUCACUGCAAACGCCUGAUUAAAGUGGUUCCUGACUAAAUAAUGAGUGGAUAUUGAGUUAACUGUGGAAUUGCAAAUGAUAAACAGUGCCAUCUAGAGAUCCUGUGGCCAAAUAGUAGAAAGCUAGCAUGAAAUCCUUCAAAGUGGGGACAUUUCAUUCAUUCUUCAAAGAGGACAAACUGGAGCGUUGAUGUUACGACUCAGCUCAUUAGAGAAAAGAAGGAUGUUUGUGGUAAAUUAGUCACUUAUUAACAAAAGAACAAUGGCAUUAGGGGAAAAAACUAAAUGACUGAAGGACUUGUGAUUCUUAUAGAGUGUUGUUCAAAGAAAAGUACCUCUUAGGGUUUGAGAGCAUCGUGAAACCCAACCUUUUUGUACCAAAGGGCAGCUUGUGAAGCAGUCUCUGUCAAUUUCAUUGCAAAUGCCUGAUUAAAAUAGCUCCUGUCUAAAUAAUGAGUGAAUAUUGAGUUAACCGUGGAAUUGCAAAUGACAAACAGUGCCAUGUAGAGAUCCUGUGGGACAUCAGAGUGACAUAAAUGAUGUAAACCAGCUCUGACUGUCUCCAUUUGCCUCCUCUCUGAUCACGGCCUAAACCCGAGUGAGGAAACCUCCUCAACAGGCUCAGUCUAAUUAGGAUGACUCAGUUUUUUUUUUUUACCUCGCGUGCCAUAAACUUCCGCAACUGUCCAAUGAGCCUAUUUGCCAACAGCAGUCGUCCGUUUCCUCAAGCGUACAUACAUAUCUUCUCGUGCCAUAUGGGGGUUGAGUAUGCAACUAAGAAAACGAGGACCUACAAGCAUAUCAUGCAUUUAUUCAACCACCAUUUUCCAUGAUUCAUGACCCCUGUCCUCAGGCGUGGGUGUUGUGUGUAUCAUAGCCGUGUUAGAGCUCCGUCAUCGGCCUCGCAUCAUUGUAUUAAUCAUUGUUAUACUCUAUGGGUCUGGGGAAGGGAGGGCUUCAUAACAUGAGAUAGAUACUGGGUUUAUAUUGCAUUACAGUGCGAUGCAAACGGACUGAACACCGAACAAGAGGUAUGCGUUUUUGGAAGUUUCUAAAUCCUUAGGUUCUGAACUGGAUUUUAAAGUAGCAUGGUUUGAUUUGUCGAUGAUUAAUGAUUCUCUUGGUUUUUCGGGGGGGGUUUGUUUGAUUCCCUUGUAUUUUAUUGUAUGUAUUGUACAAUCCGACGCCCUGAGGGAGAAGGAAAAAUACAGUGACUCCUGAAUUGCUGUGAACUAAAGGAAACAUUGUUAUUUAUUAUUAUUAUUAUUAUUAUUAUUAUUAUUAUUAUUAUUAUUAUUAUUAUUAUUAUUAUGAUUCUUGAUUUAUUUAUUUUCUUUGCACAAGUUGGAAUGGCCUUAAUUUUGCUUUUACUUGCUUCUAUUGUGUAUUGGCACAAAGUGCACCUGUUUAAUUUGCAGAACUUGCGAUGCUCAUUGCGAUGCUUAUAAUCUGAGAGUGCACAUCAAAGCAGGAUGAAAAAAAAUACGACAAGAAAAGUUCAGCAAAUCCUUUUUAUUUUUCAUUAAUCUGAGAAACAAUAUUUUGCAUGAAUAUAAAUACAAUGGCAGAUAUUUUGGCUUGUACAAAAAAUGUUAAGCAAUUUGAAGAGAAAAAAAAGAAUGUACUGUUUCUGCUGUAUCUGUAUAUAUCUAAAUAUUUAUUGAAAUAUGUCAUACUACUAAUUCUAUUAACGAUUAAAGGUUUUCUGAACAAAAAUCUCUUUACCUGUUUUUGAACAUUGUCAAGGUUGUUGGAGUUGGAUCUUCUGCUUUCUGUUACUCGACUCAAGGAUCUGUGUAAUCAUGAAAGAAAAAGUAUUAAAAAUUGCAAAUAAAUCCCUGCAGUAGGGUGUA